AUGGUCUGCAACUCAACCAACUGUGCCGUUCAAGGCAGUGCUAGCCCGAAGGUGAUGGUCUGCCAGAACACCACCUUGCCCACUCUGAACCCUGAAGUGAAGGUCGUUCCGUUCGAUGCGGAACUUGUGCUGGCAACGGUCAAGAAUCUUGGGUCAUCCCUGGCAAGGCUUGCCCAAUUUGCGGAUCACCUUGCUAAGCUUUGGAAGUGCGGCGUUUCUCAGGCAUCUUUUCGAUGGCUUAUGGAGAGGCGAGCACCAGUCCGGCACGAGACCGAGGAGAUUGCGAUAGGUGAUACGAUAGAAGGAGCCUGGGGAUUUGUGUUCGAUGGCGCUUCUAGGGCUUGGGGUGUUAUGGAAGACUAG